GAGGCGGGCCCAGGGCGGAAGCGGAAGUGCGUGCGCGGUAUUAAAGGCGUCGCCCCGCCCCCGGCGUGCCUCUUUCCGUCUCCGGCAGCCUCGGCGCGAGGAGCCGCCGCCAUGUCCGCGCACCUGCAGUGGAUGGUCGUGCGCAACUGCUCCAGCUUCCUGAUCAAGAGGAACAAGCAGACGUACAGCACGGAGCCCAACAACCUGAAGGCCCGCAACUCGUUCCGCUACAACGGGCUUAUCCACCGCAAGACCGUGGGCGUGGAGCCGGCGGCCGACGGCAAGGGCGUCGUGGUGGUCAUGAAGCGCAGAUCCGGCCAGCGGAAGCCGGCCACCUCGUACGUGCGCACCACCAUCAACAAGAACGCCCGCGCCACGCUCUCCAGCAUCCGGCACAUGAUCCGAAAGAACAAGUACCGCCCCGAUCUGCGCAUGGCCGCCAUCCGCAGAGCCAGCGCCAUCCUGCGCAGCCAGAAGCCCGUGAUGGUGAAGAGGAAGCGCACCCGCCCCACCAAGAGCUCCUGAGCCCCCGCCCACAAUAAACAGUCAGACCUGUC